AUGCCCACCAUUAGCGUAACUCAGCAACACCUGUUUACAUGUUUAAAAAGAAAUUACAGCAAUGAAGAAUUGGAUAAACUACUGUUUGACUUUGGCUUGGAAUUGGACGGAAUUGAAUCCAAUGAAGAGGGGGAACUAGUGUACAAAAUAGACGUGCCAUCCAAUAGACACGACUUUCAAUCAGCAGAGGGUCUAGCUCAAGCAUUGCUGGUCUUUCAGCAAAAACUAAAUACACCAAAGUUUCAAUCCAUAUCUGAUAGAGAUGAUUAUUACAUAACAGUGGAGCCUCAGAAUCUGAACGUAAGACCAUAUAUUUUUGGAGCUAUACUCAAAGGAAUUAAGUUUACACCUGAGUCAUUUGCUAGUUUUAUUAAUUUUCAAGAAAAAUUACACCAUAAUAUUUGCAGAAACCGUUCUAUCGUAGCGAUUGGAACACAUGAUUUGGACACUAUUAAACCACCAUUUACUUACACUGGAAAACUACCUAACGAUAUUGAAUUUAUCCCACUUACUGAAACCAACAAAUCAUUUCGCGCCGACAAGUUACUGGAACACUAUACAUCACACAAGCAACUCAAAGCAUAUGUACCCUUGUUAAAGAAUUCAAAAUAUUACCCAAUAGUUAAGGAUUCAAAUGACGUCAUUUGUUCCCUCCCUCCCAUAAUCAACUCUUAUCACAGUAGAAUAACACUAGGCACCCAAAAUAUAUUCAUCGACGUUACUUGCGUGGAUAAGCAAAAGGGUAAAAUCGUCUUACAACAAUUGGUGGCGGCGUUUUCCAUUUACACCAACCCUAAGUACCAAAUACACACUGUACAAACAAAGAUAUCUGAUGGAAAAGGUGGGUAUAUUGUGCCAAAACAGUGCAAUUUCGCCGAUACCUACAUGACAGUGUCCAUUGAUUAUUUAAAAAUGGUAUCAGGGAUAAACAACUUGAAAGCUAGUGACUGUUGUAAACUGCUUAAUAGAAUGAUGUUAUCAGCAACCACCACUAGUGAUAGUGAUAAUAUCAUACUAAUCAAUAUCCCCAUUAACAGAUCUGAUAUACAUAGCUGCUGUGAUGUAGCUGAAGACUUGUGUAUAGCGUAUGGCUAUAACAAUAUAUGUAAAAAAAAAUAUCCUUCCGGUAAAUCCAGCCCCCAAUCCAUAUCUAAAAAUGAACUACGUAAAUUGAUGUCACUAUGUCAAUAUAAGGAAGUGAUGAUGCCCAUUCUCACAGCACAAAAAUUUGAAUUUGGCAUAUCAAAUACCAGUCCAGUUACCCUUUUGAAUAGCAACGUGCAGGGUAUUGAUAUUGCACGCACGACUCUAAUACCCGGGUUGUUAAAGGCACUAAACAGUGCCAAGAGGUUUCCCUUGCCUUUACGAAUUUUCGAGAUCGGCGAUAUUUGCCUCAAAAACGAUGCCUCUGAUGUAGGGGUCGUGAAUGCCACAAGACUUGCCGCUGCUGUGACUGAUAGCCAAACUGCAGGCUUUGAGGAAAUUCACGGGGUAUUAGAAUGUGCAAUGAAUGCAAUGGGUUUUGCGAGUAGAUAUCAGUUGGACGAGUUCAAAAUGCACAACAAAUUGGUGCCACUUAGCCUUACAAAAGUAUUUGAUUUGAAAGAAACAUCUAUCCCAUGCUUUUUGGAUAAGAGAUGCGUAAAAGUUGUAAAAUUUGAGGACGGCGGUGAGGUUGAGAUAGGAGUUAUGGGAGUUGUACAUCCGAACGUUUUGAAGGAGUUUGAUUUGACAACACCGGUUUCCUUACUUGAAAUUGUGCUAUAA